AUAACUUGCGUAAAGGUAAUAGUAUCGUUAACGUAAAUAAUUUGUAUGAGAAUCUGAGAGCGCCUCUAUCGGACGUAAAACAAACUAAAUUUGGCAGCACAAAUGCCUAUUGUAUAGUAACGUAAUCGUACGGUAAAUGUAUCGUAUGAUGUUUAUACUAACUUUGCGAUCACGAACCUUUUUUUGACGUAUAGAAUAGUAAGUGGCGAUAGCUGGCUAACGUAAGCUUACGAAUGUUUUGUCACGGUAAAUUUUUCAGUGUUAAAACUUGCGUCGGAAGUAAAACGUGUUUCAUAAAUAAAUUUCAGUGGGUUUUAAUACGUUUUAUGUAUUAAUAAAUUUACGUAAAAUGCAAGGAGCGCGUAGAGUUGAACGUAGUGCAUUGUAUUAUUAUCUUGCAACAAGAUUACUUGAGAUUGAGGGCGGUAACAAUGAACAAAGAGAAACUAGAGAAAUAAGUCGUAGAUGUAAGGAGAGAAAAAAAAUUAAUUUAUUAGAUCUAAACGAAACCGAAUUUAAGAAUAGGUUUCGUCUUAGUAAAGAAGCUUUUAUAUUCUUAUGCGAUAAAUUACGUCGACAUACUUCUUUGAAGUCAACCAAACGAAUUAGCUUGGAACUUAAGAUUCUUUGUGCAUUGUCGUUUUACGCCACUGGAUCGUACCAAAGACUAGUUGGAAUGGCAAAACAUUUAGGUCAAACUACAGUCAGCAAGUACGUACGAGAAGUGACCGAUGCACUUGUUAGUCCGCCAAUAUUGAAUUUUUAUAUUAAAUUUCCGACAACAAGAGAGCAAAGAGAUGCGGUAAAAAAUCAAUUCUACUCAAAGUUCGGCUUUCCUGGGGUCAUAGGGUGUAUUGAUGGAUGUCAUUUCCAUGUUUUUAAACCCAAAAAAGAUAUUGAACAUUUAUUUUAUUGUAGAAAGCACUUCCAUUCAUUAAAUGUACAAAUGAUAUGCGACAGUGAUUGCCGAAUAUUAAAUAUUAACGCAAAAUAUGGGGGAGCUACCCACGAUGCGUUUAUUUGGGAUAACAGCAUGGCAAAUAAUUAUAUGCAAGAACUACAUCGGCAUAAUGAACAAGUUUGGUUAUUAGGUGAUUCUGGGUAUCCUCAGCGACCCUGGCUAAUGACUCCUAUACCUGAUGCUGUUGAAGGAAGCCCUGAAGCAAAAUACACCCAAGUACAUGGAAAAGCCAGGGUCACGAUUGAAAACACCUUUGGGCGGUUAAAAAAUCGUUGGCGAUGUUUGUGUAAGGACCGCACACUACACUACACACCAAAAAAGUGUGCAAAAAUAAUAAUGGCAUGCAGUGUGUUGCACAACUUAGCCAAAGAUUUUAAUGUGCCCGAACCAGAGGAACACCUUUUAACUGAACCAAACAUAAUCUCUGGACAUGUUUUCCAAGAGAGUGAGGCUGGAGACGACUUAGGAAGAGGACGAGCAAUAAGAAGUAUGUUGGUUGAUAGGAUCAAUAGGCUACACAUGUAAUCUAAAUCUAAAAAAAACCUAUGUAUCUGGUUAGAAAGCUGUAAUUAUUUUAAGAUUGUUUAUUUUUUUUUAAUUAAAACUAACGUAAG